UCAGGCGUACGAUCACGAAGACCUCCCUCCCCUCUUCCGAAGGUGGUCUCUGGGAGUGACACCGACGACAUUCUCUUGACAGGAGGCCAGGAUUCGUCUCGACGGCUCCGCCAGGAUUCAAAAAGCAGGCCCCGAAAUCCCGGAUUCGAUCCCGCCACCGACCUGAUCAACAAUCAACACACUGCUUCGAUGCCCUGAUGUUGCAAAGCAUAAGCAACUGAAACCUGAGGAUCGAUACCACUGCGCUCUGUGUCGAGGGGAAUCGGCGGCGGGACGUGUAGUGGUCGGUAGUGGGAUCCGAACCUCUUCGAGUCAGCUUUUGUUCCGGGAGGAAGCCGUGCACAUUCCAGGGGCAGCGCUCCCUCCCUCCGCGUAUUGAUAAUUCUGUUGACAGUGGAAAACAGGGGGCCGCAUAUUGUUCGUCCCUUCCUUGUGUGCGUGGAGGAGAUCAAAAGUUUUUCGUGAUUUUUUCGUGGCCUCCGGAAAAUGGCUCCAGAGGCGGCCUGGAGCGCGAGGCCGAUGUUGUUGUCAUUCGUCGUUUUCUGUCUGUGCCAAAUCCUGAACCCGUCCGACGCCGCGGCGGAAUUCACACACGACCGAAAGAGGCUGGGGCCGCUGGACGUCGUUCGGGCCGAACACGGGUGCCUGGAAAAAUUCGAAGUGAGUGAGAACACCAUCAUAAGGACGAGGGACUCCAGGGUGCUGGGAGCCAAGUUCCUCAACGAGUCGGACGUCGGCAACAGGGAGGAUUGCCUCACCCUCUGCUGCGGGACGCACCUGUGCAAUGUCGCCGUCUUCGAGGAAAAGGGAGCUGGCUCCUGCUACCUCUUCGACUGCGGGGAGCCAGAGGACUUCAAGUGCAAGUUCACGAGCCACACGACCUACACCUCGGCGGUCCUCAGGCUCAACCGACACCAGACCGACCUCGGCCUCUGGUCUGAGCAGAGCCAGCACGAGGCCGAGUUGGCCAAUCUCAGGUCUCCCCUGGAACUGGAAGCCUCGCUUUCGGAAUCGAGCAGCACCAGGCUAAGGGCCCCAACCACCCCGACAACAGCGGCGCCCAAGACCAGUAGUACCACGACGACGAGCACCACGCCCUCGCCUACCACCGUGUCCACAACGGCUGCUAGUCCUACCCUGCCAUCCCCGAAAUGCAAGAGAUUCCAGUUCGAGUGCCACAGCGGGGAGUGCAUAGCCAUCUACAACGCCUGCGAUGGCAUUCCUCAGUGCCAGGACCAGAGUGACGAGGAUUCCGCGCUGGGAUGCCCAGCAGCAUCUACCGAGGGCGCCGCCCCUGUGAGGGGGACCGGAAGUGCCUCUGGACCCUAUACCGCUUGGGAAAAUCAGCCCCCCCCUCCGAGAGACAAUGCUUAUGGCCCAGGAUACGAGAGGGUGAUAUUCAACCACAAGUCGAACCCUCUGGAGAACUACAGUCAUUAUCCUCCUUCAGGGCAGGGCCCUGCUGAGGAGCCUGUAGCCUACGGUGGACGAGGGCGGGGACACACCUUCUACGACUACAACCAACGACCAGCCUGGCCGGGACAGAGAUACGGCAUGGGUGAGGGAGGAAGCCGAGGUAUGGGAGGCGAGUUCAUGGGAUCGGAGCCACACCAUUCCUUCCACUAUCCAGACUACGGCCAACCCCAGCAGAUACCACAGCCUAUGCAACAGCAACAGCAACAACAACAGCAGCAGCAACAACCACAGCAGCAGCAACAACAACAGCAACAGCAGCAGCCUCCGCAGAUGAGCAAUGUAUGGCCUGUAUGGAUGGACAAACCUAAUUUCAACCUCCAACAACAACCAAUGCAAGACCUACAACACAUGAAUGCCGGGCCAGGAAUGCAACAGCAGCUUCAGCAACAACAGCAGAUGAUGCAACAACAGCUAGGACCCUACCAGCAAAAUCCCAACAACAAACCCCAGCAGCAAAUGGCCAGUUUCCCAGGCAACUUCCAAAACACAGAGAUGGGAAUGGUGAGUGGAGGUAACGUCCGUAACCUAGCCAAUCAGAGACCAGAAGUAAAAUUGCCACCAUCAACUAAAGCACCACUGACUACGCUUCCGUCAUCCAGCAAAUCAAGCACGAGUAGCAUUACGAGUAGCAGCAACAACAACAGCAACAGCAACGGUACCUUACAUGAUGGGAAGGGUGGGGGUGGUGGACUGAGAGGAGGAGGAGGAGGAGGAGGUGGGUCUCAUUCAUCAGAGGAAAAGAGCUCGGAUCACGCCCAUCUCGAAUCAGCUCACGAACCCCACCAACACUCAAUUGCUCACUCUUCUUUGGCUCGACUGGAGGUCAACCUCGAAGAGCUCCAGAUCGAAGCUCGCGAGCAGGAUGCACAAGCCUCGGGAGCUGUGCUGGCCCUCGCUAUGGGUGUCUGCAUCACGGCUCUCCUGGUCGUCCUGGUGGGCUGCCGUCUCCGAGGAGUCAGACGAAGGCUCAGAAAACACAGAGGGUCUCGCUCGCCCUACGCCCACGACGCUGACUAUCUCGUCA